ACAAUAGCCUAAUACAUGUGUUUUGGUUGGUGUUUUAAUGUGCUGCUCGCGCUCCUCUAUUAAACAUAUGUAUAUUAAACAUGCGCCCUCUGCUGGAGCAAAGCGGAAGUGCAGUGUCGGAAAAUCAGCCAUUUUAUCACGACAGAGCGGAAAGCGGAAGGAGGCGUUUAAUUCUUCUUUCACUUCCGGUCGGUGCUGAUGUGAGUAAAGUGAAAGAUGCAGGAAAGUGAGGGAGAAGAGCAGCACACUGUGUUCGUGUUCAAUCUGAGCAACUGUGUGAGGGAGGAGAUUUUAUAUGAGCUCUUCCUGCAGGCAGGACCGGUGCGGAAAGUCGUUAUUCCCAAAGAUCGAGACGGAAAUCAGAAAUCUUACGGCUUUGUUUACUAUAAACAUGUCGAGGCAGUUCCCUAUGCCAUUGCGCUAUUGGACGGGAUCUGGCUCUACGGCUGUCCAAUCACACUGAGGCAUCAUUACGUACACACACUCACAGCUCAGGAUGAUCACAGCUGGAGAGAUGCGACGUAUGCCCUACGGGGAGUUCCAUCUAUGUGCCCUAUGCAGGGUCCCUACUUCCCUCCUGUAAUUCCAUGGGCGUGGCCAAAAGGUGGAUUUGUUUCCUGGACUUCCUGUUCAGAUGAGCUGACCCAGGCUUCGGACUGUACCAACUCGGAAGAGAUGGGCGCAGAGCAAAACACAGAGAUGGAAAAUCAUCGUAAAGGCAGAAGAGGCCAUGAGAGGAGAAACAAACCCAAGAAAAAAUACAGAAGUUAAUUCAAAAGUUUUACACACAGCUGCGUCUGUUCAUGUGUUAGGCUGAUUACACUGUUAAACAUGGUUAAUGUGUGUGUGUGUGUGUGUGUGUGUGUUUAUUAGCAGGAGGUGUGUUCAUGUUUAGACUAUCAGGAUCAUUACAAAACAUUUAAGUUUAUGAGUAUAAUAAUAAUAAUAAUAAUAAUAAUGAUGAUGAUGAUGAUGAUGAUGAUGAUGAUUGGAGGAACAGUCCGGCUCUCGUUCAGUAAAGAGAAUUUACACACAUCCUACAUAUUUCUUGAAAAUUAGUGGCCUUAGAAGUCAGCUGACCUUCCUAAUGUGACGCACUUUGUUCCUGAAGUGUAAAUGUUGUAAAAAAGAAAGAAAAAAAAAGUAGAAAUAUCUCAUAUAUAUAUUUGCACAUUUCCUUAUUUACAGUUUGAUUGAUUUGUUGUUUGUCUUAAUUUAUUUGAUUUCUUGCUUGUACAUCAGAAGGUCACCUGUGCGUAACUUUACACUUCUGAAAUUAAAUGCACUCUUAAAUCCAGUUUGUUUUCAGCCAGUUAUUACAUUUCUGUGAAAUCAGACUCAAGAGUGGACGUGGCCUGUAUCAUAAAAUUCCACACGUGCAGCCCGAUCAAGACGUUUCUGCUUUUCCGAAGGAGUUGGAUUCACAUAAAAGAGGACUUUGCAUCCACUGCAUUUAAUGACCUUUGUGAUAAAACGAUAAUCAAACAUCUUUAAGUGACGGUUUUAUUGCCAGAGGAAAACCACUUUAGGAAGGACACAGAACAUUGAUCCGGGCUCCAGACGAUCCUCCUGAUUGAUAAAUACCCUUUAGAUAGGAAUUAAAAUAGCGGUGAUGGAGGAGA